AUGGCGACAACUCACCCAGACAUCUCAUACGAAUAUCCAGAGGAACAGCCGACAGGCUCUUACAGAGUGCUACAGCAGUAUCAUUCGAAGCCAUCGAAGAUGCGUGUAGCGUGUGUGGGCGCUGGAGCGUCGGGACUUUGCCUUGCGUACAAGAUGGAACGCAUGCUUGUGCCAGACUCUUGGGAGCUCACAUUGUUCGACAAGAACCCUCACUUUGGCGGCACUUGGUAUGAGAACACCUAUCCAGGUGUGGCCUGCGACAUUCCAUCGCAUCUCUAUACAUUCACAUUCGACCCAAAUCCAGAUUGGUCGUACUAUUUCGCGUAUGGGGACGAGAUUCAGCGCUAUUUCGAGAACUUUGCAGACCGAUAUGGCUCCCGGAAGUACAUGAAACUCAACACCAAGGUGAUCGAAUGCAGAUGGAACGACGACAAGGGAUACUGGGACAUCACGCUCGAAGACCAGAAAACCAAGGAGACUUGGAAGGACUGGGCGCACUGUGUUGUCAACGGGACUGGCAUUCUCAAUAACUGGAAGUGGCCAGAAAUUGAAGGACUACAUGACUUCAAAGGUCCAUUGAUGCACUCAGCGUCAUGGAACCAUGAUGUGGACUUCAAGGGCAAGACAGCGGCGGUCAUUGGCACGGGAUCGACCAGCGUUCAGAUUGUACCUCAACUACAACAGACAUGUGAGCAAGUGCAAGUCUACAUGCGAAGCCCGACUUGGAUCUCUCCGCCAUUCGGCGCAGGCGCCCUUUCGACCGAUCUAGGACAGAGUGCCGAGAGCGAUCCAGGCCACCGCCAGUACAAGUUCUCCGAGGCAGAUAAGCAGCGGUUCCGGGACGAUCCAGCAUAUCAUCUGGACUUCCGGAAACGGAUAGAGGCAGAAAUCAAUGGUCUCUUCGGCAUGUAUCGACAGGGCAGCGAUCUAUCACAUCUCUUCCGGAAGGUCAUCACUGAGGAGAUGCACAGGCGGAUGGGUCCCGGACACGAGGAGCUGAAGCAAUUCAUUAUUCCGAAGUGGGCGCCUGGCUGCCGGAGAAUCUCCCCUGGUGAUGGCUACCUCGAAGCUCUCGUCAAGCCCAACGUGCAGACCAUCUUUGGUGGCAUCAAGAAGGUGACACCCGAAGGAAUUGUCACUGAGGAUGGUGUUGAGCACAAAGCGGACAUCCUCGUCUGCGCUACGGGCUUCAACGUGGCUUUCAAGCCGGCGUUCAAGGUCAUCGGCAAUCACGGCAAGUCCGUUCAAGAAGAUUGGGGAGACAGUGUGAAUCUCUACUUCGGUGUAUCUGCACCACGAUUCCCGAAUUAUUUCACAAUAGUGGGACCUGGAGCGACGUGGUCAAAUGGCACGCUAUUGCCGAGCAUAGAGACAACUAUUGAAUAUUCCGUCAAAUGCAUGAGGAAGAUGCAACAUGAGACCAUCAAGAGCAUUGCAGUCAAGCAAGAAGCCCUCGAUGACAUCUACGCCCACUUCGACGAAUUCCACAGGAACACCGUUUGGCAGGAAGAGUGUCGAAGUUGGUUCAAGGAUGGCAAAGUGAAGAAUCGUAUCUACCUAUGGCCUGGUCCGACGAUACAUUUCCUCAAGACCAUGCAAGAGCCAAGAUUCGAAGACUAUGACAUCAAGUACAGGUAUGGAAACAGAUUUGCAUUCCUAGGGAAUGGCGACAUGAAGGCACAUCUUACAGGGGACACCAUGGGUCUCGCGAGAUACAUCAGAAGCAACGACGACGACUGGGUUGUUGACUAA